CCCUCACCCUUCAUAUGUCGGUUUCGAGGGCUGGUAUACUCGAAUACAAGACUAAUCGGCGGGACUCUCCAUCAUCCUGAUUUUUUGCUCUCUUGGAGACUCGAUGCCAUCAAACACUCCUAGGAAGCACUAUUUCCAUUUCUCAGUAACGCCUAUUGGUGACUCGUCUACUAUCGAGCCGGUCGAGUUCCACUUAUUUCCUGAUGACCUUCAACAUAUCGUGGACUCCCCGCCCGAUUCAGAGACAGAUUUGCAACCAUAUACUUUGAACAUACCUAAUAUUGGAAGCUCCACCGUGGAGCCAAAGACCCAACGUUAUAAUCUCACCGUCCCAUGUGGAGAAAGCUCUUCCGAGCACUGGAAAGUGUCCAUAGACAUAACGGAUCGCGUUCCAUUAUCGCAGGAGCACGCUCUACUGAGUACUCCGCACAGCAUGGCCCUUUCAAGAUUGGAAACUUUACUUCCAUUGCAUUGGGCAAUUUUCUCAACCGGAUCGAAGGCAAAUUAUGACGUGAAGCAUAUGGGCGCCAAUGGGGUGGGAUUAGAAGUCUUUGGAGGCACAGGGGUGGCACAUAUGGAAAAGAACUGGGGCGCAUCAUUUCCUACUGGCUGGACAUGGUGUCAGGCAUUCGGUGACCAUCGAGACAAUGCGGCGAGAGAUUGUGUUGCCAUUGUGGGUGGUGUCCUCGCUUUGGGUCAAAAGGCAUAUCUCAUCCAUUACAAGGAUUCAGGCGACGCCUGGCGCCCUCGUCGCAAACGUUCGAUACAUCCAAGUUAUCCAGCGAAAGAUCCUGAAAGCACUGAAAAUUCUGAUCCUAAUGACAAGCAACAUAUCAACUGGACCUUCCGCCCAUUAUGGACUCUGAUUCUAGCACUCCCGUAUCCUGCUGGUAUCCCACGAUUCAAGAUAUCGCGGAAGAAUCCAGUGGCAAAAAAGCCCUCAUUGUCCAAUACCUUCGACCCUCUGCUGGCCAUGGGCCAACCGCCGUCACUUACCGCUGCAACCCUUAACAGACGGAUCCUAAUCGAUGCACAGUCAGAGUCACGACCUACCACUCUCAAUUCACAAGAACAGCCAAUAUGGCUUGCGCUGCAUUGCUCAAUGCCUGGUGGGCAUGCCACACGUGCGUACAAGACAUUCACAGCAAGGGCAAUGAUAAGAGCCUACAGGCGCCAGUGGAGAUUUGGCUGGCCACGAUGGGUCGAAAUCAGGAACGUUGAGUUUGAACACGCGGCAUUGGAGUUUGGAGGAUUGUAUGCUGCGAUAGCAUGAUCAGCGCCUCAAUAAAUCAAAGACGCCAAUAUGAGACGAGUUUAUUAUAACUUGCGGGAAAACUGUGCCCUUCCAGUUGCAUAUUGGACCCUGGCCGCCCACCUUCUAUAACUUUAUUCUAAAUUGUGCAGAUAUGUUAUUCUGUACGUAGGGCUUGCGGGGAUCGGGUGGAGUAUAUGGAUCAAUGGCCACCCCAGGCUGAUGCUGGUACGUCGAGCAUCACAAUAAACAGUUGGAUAAAAUGUUGCUCUUUCCUGGCGUGCAUGAUUCUGGGAUGAAGUCAUCGAGAACCGCUAC